AGGGGCCAAGGGGCGGCCCCUGCGGCCCAGCCAUGCGGAACUCGCUGGACCUGCCCGACAUACAGGCGCGGCCGCGGUCCUUCGACGGCCACAGCUCCCAGAUCGGGCUGGAGUCUCGGGAAGUCACCCUGACGAGGGUCCGCCGGAAGCUGACCGCGGCGGGCAUCCGCCAGGGCAAGUCUUGGGAGGAGCUCUUUAACAAGUGUGACAAGAACACGGACGGGAGCUUGGAUUGGCGGGAGCUGAAGUCGAUGGUCAGGGACACCAUGAAGAUUCCAAAUGCGGCCGUGUGCGAUAACGAGCUGCUCAUGUUGUACCAGGAGAUCGAUAAAGACGCCAGCAACAGCAUCGACUUGACAGAGCUGAUCGGCUACCUCCAGCACGGGCCAGUGCGUCCACAGGACCAGGAGAAGAAGACGGAGCAGCGGCUGAAGCGGGCUCAGAGGAAUCUCAGGGUGGCCUUUGCUAACAUCAGCUCCAACGAGGGCGACAUUCGCAAGCUCUUCGACGUUCUCGACCGCGACGGCUCGAGCACGCUGUCCUUGUACGAGUUUCACAGCUUCGUGCGGGACGAGCUCGGCAUGUCGCGGUGGGACGUCAGCACCAACGACCUUAACGAUUUUUUCAAGGCUUUGGAUCCGAAUGGUGAUGGUAUCGACAUUAACGAGUUGUUGACCUACGUCAGAAAGGCUGGCAAAGACAGGUCCGUGAGCGCCUCCGACUGCCUGAGCAGCCCCGCGCCGAAGAGGAGGCAUCGGAAGUUCAAGACCUACAAGCAGUCGCUCGCGGAUGCAGGCCCCUGCCGGAGCGCUUCGCUGCCGAGCGUGGGCCUGAGGGGCAGGACUACGACGUCCUCCUUCUGCGUUCAGGGGCGGGAGCGCAUGGCGCGGGACCGGCUGGCAGCAUCCCUCACGCAUUUCUGAUUGUUUGGUGCGCGCGCGAGUCGUCGUCGUCGUCCUCCUCCUCCUCCUCCUCCUCCUCCUCCCUUCUCUUCCGCCUCCUCCGCCUCCUCCUCCUCCGUCUCCUCGGCCUCCUCCGCCUCCUCCUCCUCCUCCUUCUCCACCUCCGCCUCCGGAGCGCGCGCGAACGUCGGGUGUCUGGAAUUGCUGCCUGGUUUGUUUUUCCUUUGAGUAUGAUUUUGAAUGUGGUCUUUCGUCUGAUUGUCUGUGGAUUCUCGCGCCAUGGUGUUGGUUCCGCAGUUCGCAUCGUUUCACCCGCUUGCCUAGUCUUGGCCUGUUUCUUUACGUGGGAACGGGGGAAGGAAUCGCAGGACUCUGAAAUGUUUGAAGAGGCUUAGACAUGUGCUUCCGCACCGUAUAAGAGAAGCCUGCUCUCGCGCAAAGCAUCUCCGAUGCUGAGAUUUGCUGUGUGCUUAGGCGUGCAUGUAUCUUAUUGUCAGCGUGGUGUAUGCACCUUGCGCUCUGUAUCUCAUGCCUCGCUCACCUAUCAACUUCAUAGGUUCUACCGCCUGCCUCACCAUCUCUGCCCGAUUCGCUGCUUUUCACCCUGGCCUACUCGCUGUUCGUGGGUCAACUCUUUCACCGCCGUGAAUUCACGUGGCCGCUAUGCCAAGCGUGCAAGUCAAGCUCUAUCUGGCAGCGCUGAGAGGAGCUCUCAUGAUUUUCAUGGCAGGGCCUGCGACGGACCGCUCAGAGCGAUACUGAUAGUGCGACGAAAA